AUGGGCCAUGAUGAUUCUCCACCUCAGAUCUACAACAGGACUUUAUUCUUAUCUGUGUUCGUGUUUGGUAUAUUAGGUGCAGCAAGAGGUUAUGACGAAGGGUGCAUAUCUGGUAAUAUCACUCUACCAUCUUUCAAAUCUAGAUUUGGGCUCGCCGAUACAACGAAGUCCGCGGACUACCUUGCCAAUUUGAAAUCCAAUAUCACUUCCAUGGUUCAAUUGGGCUCUAUUGGAGGAAGUAUCAUUGCCAUGUAUACUGUUGAUAAGCUUGGAAGAGUUAGAGCCUUGCAAGCUGUGUGUAUCUUGUGGAUUAUUGGAGCUGCUAUCCAGGUUUCGGCCGGCUCUGUUGGACAGUUGUAUGCUGGAAGAUUAAUCGAGGGCCUUGCAAUUGGCCAGACCACCACUAUUGGACCCAGUAUGACUGAAAUUGCACCCAAUAAAAUUAGAGGGCUUUGCGUCUGUAUCUUCUCUGGUGCUGUUUAUUUUGGUAUCUUCUUAGGAUACUGUGCCAACUAUGGAAGCGUUCUUCAUCAGCCUAAUGACUCAGAUAUACAAUGGAGAAUUACUGUUUCGUUGAAAAUAGUUUUGGCGGGCAUUAUUUUCAUUCUUUCUUUCCUAUUCUGUCUUGAAAGUCCUAGAUGGUUGUUACAGGUUAACAGACCAGACGAAGCCAUUAAAAACUUGUCCAAGCUUAGACAUUUACCUAUUGACCAUCCAUAUAUUGUUGCUGAAGUCAGCGAUAUAAAUGAACAAGUUUUGGAAGAAAAAGAAGCUGUUGAAAGCAGUAACAUUUUCGAGAAGUUCAAAUCUAUAUUCACUGUGAAAUCAUACAGGUACCGAUUCUUUGCAGUUUCUGCUUUAGCACAAAUUUUGGGUCAAUGGUCUGGAGCUAAUGCAAUUACCAUCUAUGCUUCUGAAUUGUUUAGUUUUGCAGGUAUCAAAGGGACAGACCAAUUGAAGAUGUCUGCUGUAUUGGGUGUUGUCAAGUUCAUUUCAGCCUAUUUAAGUGCAUUCUUCAUUAUUGAUUUCCUCGGCCGUAGAAGGGCAUUGUACGUUGGUAUCUCUGUUCAGUUGCUUUCUAUCUUGUACUUUGCCAUAUUUAUCACGAUUGUUCCUCAGGCCGAUGAUGUCAACUAUGUCUUGAGUCCCUCACAGAGCAAAGCUGCCAGGGCAGCUCUUGCUGCCGUUUUCCUUUCUGGAACAGGAUGGACCAUGGGUUUCAAUAGUAUUCAGUAUUUGGUUGGUUCUGAAAUGUUCCCAUUGAAGAUUCGUUCUUUUGCCCAAUCUUUGGUUAUGGUGUUGCAUUUCGGAAUGCAAUAUGGAAAUUCUAAGGCUGUUCCCAAGAUGUUAUUGGCUAUGAACAACUAUGGUGCCUUCUACUUCUUUGUUGGUGUAAUGGUAAUGUCUCUUUUCUGGGCUUGGUUCUUUGUUCCAGAAGUCACUGGAAGAUCUUUGGAAUCUAUGGAAGAUAUUUUCAACCUUCCAUGGUACAUUAUAGGUAGGAAGGGUCCUGAAUUGUGUCCAGAUUACUCUGAAAUCAACAAAAUUACUCAUACAACCAGUCGUGGUAAUACUUAUGUUGACAAUAUCGCCUACAAUAUCGACCAAUCCAAGAUUGAACAAGCUUAUAUAGAAGACAUUAAUAACAACAAAGCUGAAAGUCUCUUGCGUCGUGAUUCUGAAGACAAAGAAAACGAAAAGAAGCUUUAG